GCGGGGAGUAUCUAUGUCAUAACCUGGUCGAUUCUCUGAUAAGACUCGAGAGGUGAUGGUAAAGUCAACCUCUUGCAACCAUCGCAUACUACUUUCCAUUUCACCCAAGACAUCAUCAUACACACAAUGGGCCUCGACAAAGAAGCAGAAUUCUUGAACGUGCUUGUGCUAGCAAGCUUGUUCUACAACACCCUCAAGGCUUUCGACAACAUCCACAGUUCGCUGAACGACUUCAAGGAUGAGAAGGUUUACCUGGCUCAGCUCGGCAUCGAGCAGGCAAGACUCCUGAUUUGGGGCGAGCAGAUGGGAAUUUUCUCAUUACCGCCUUCACUCACCUUCCUCGAGACAGAGGAGAACAGAGAGACCAUGACUCCUCGCGACCCUCGUCUCGAUGACGACGAAGUCAGAGUCAACCUCGAGGGCCUGAUGAACAGCAUCAUCCACACUCUCAGCAACCCCAAUGAUAAUGACAGCGACCUCGACACAACCGGCCUGCGACCUCUGCCUCGUGGUGGCGCACAAGCUCUUGAGCAACCCGCAGCAGAUUUGACCCGCAUGAAGAACUUCGAGCAGUCAUAUGCUCACCUUCUCGAUGUCGGCUCCAACAAGGUAUCUGUCAAGAGACCAUCCAAGUUGAGCGCGAUGCAGUGGGUUAUUCACGACACUUUGCGCUUCUCCAACUUCGUCAAGUCCACCAAGCGUCAAGUCGACACUCUGCUGAUGGCUCUCAACAUCAACGACAAGGUUGAAGACAUCUUGCUUGGCGACAUUCGCGACCUGGGCAAGCAUGCCAGCGGUCCCAACAGCAAGCCUUCACCAGCAGCUGUCAAGGACAUGGCCAAGCUGAAGCUUCUUAUCAGAGCCACCAAGGGUAGAUACCCUGCGCUUCUCAAUGAAGCACAGAACACCUUCAACAACCUCCAGAAGGGUGUCAGCCAGGAGCAUGACAUGGCUGCCAAGGUACACAAGCUUCUUGAGCCCGUCCACCCCGACUCAGCUGUUGCAAGCGCAGCAAACAGCGGUACCGCAACACCUGAGAAGAGACCUGGAUUCAUCCGCAGACUCUCCACACAAACAUGGAACAAGCUUCCUGGAAGAAAGACGCCCAGCUCGAGCAGACCUGCCAGUCCUGAGCGCAGAAAGUCGCUUGGACGCAGAACCCCUGGCUCCAGCAAGCCCGUAACACCGGCAGUCAGCAGACCUGCCAGCCCGGUGCUCGAGUAGAGAAGGAAGACAGACAAAGACGAAUUCAACGAACAAAGGACAGGAAGAGAAGGACACGAGUAUCAGAGACGAAAGGGAAUUUGGGAUAGGAUAUUCAUGUUGACGAGACUUACUGGGAUAGAUGGGAUGUAAUUACAAGUA